AUGGCCAAGUCGAAGGGCAAAAGGGGCAGAGGCAAGGGCAAGGGGAAAAGCAAGGGCGGGCAAGCAAACAAGAAGACCGAGUCGCCUUCACAGCCAGAGACAGCUCAGCAGAGCGCUUUUAAGAACAACAAGACCAAGCCAAGCUUGCCUGUACAGUUCCCCUACUUCAAGGAAUUCCCCCAGGAGAUCCAGAAUAGCAUCUGGAAGCAAGCAUUGAUUGCAGAAGUCAAACAUACCUUCGUGAUACACGAUUCCAAGACAGGUGGUUUGCUACCAAGUGUGAAGCUUAUUUCGUCCAUCUCGACGGUCAACAAAGCUGCUCGUACCAUUGCUACAGAAUUCUACAACGUAAAGCUCGACGUCUUUGCCUGCACUCGAGAACCUCCAGAGAUGAUACUUCAGCGCCGCCAGGCCAAGGGCGUUCUCCGCCUCAAUCUCGAGUACACCGCCUUGUUUCUCGGCCGCCAACCGCCCUGGUACGUUUUCAGACUCGACUUGGACGAAAUCGAGGACAUUGGGGAAGAGUUUGAAGACGGCAGAGAUAAUCAGGACUACGUCAAGUGGUCGGGCACCCGUCCCCAGGGAGACUCCUCGAUUUGGCAUGAUAAGCAGCUUUGGAUCACCCGCUCCCACAUCACCGCGCCCCUCGACGAGCCGCAGCGAGCUCAGGUGAAACGCAUAUACCAGGAAGAGAGUUCUCCAGUGGAUGAUUGUUACUGGGAGCCACCGUGUUGCUGGGGCUGCAGCUGGGAGUCCGCGAAUUUCCCUUGCGAAGGCGCGUAUUCGUCGCACAAGGAGAGCCAGUUCCCCAACGUGUGGCUUUGUCGGCUCUUCAUCACCGACUUCGAGUACCAGCUCGAUAUGCUGGUGACAGACUAUGCUAAAGUCCCAAUCGAGGAGUUGUGGGAGCUCAUGAGGGGAAGGUUCGUCACGUGUGACGAUUUCCCAGUCCGUCGUGCCGGUGAUGACUUUGAGCCAGACCCAGACCGCGAGUGGUGA